AAAUUAAGGGCUUGCUGUUUUAGAUAGGUGAGAGGAUUAGUGCCUGUACCUUCCAAAACACACGCUCGCCCCGCAUCCCACGCCCCGCGCCGGCAUCCUCCAUGCGCCUCAUCGUCGAAGCGGGAGACGUGCCGCGCCCGGCAGCGUUCGGCGGUCGAAGGGGGAGACGUGCCGCGCCCAGCCACCGCCGCAGCCCCAAUCAUCGCACUAAAAUCACGCCGCAUCCUGCCUCUUGUCCUCUCUCCUAUCAGAUGUUCGCGCAGCUGGGACACCGCUCGAGGACGCCGCCGACGCAGGAAUCCGUCCGCCACAGAAGCUGCAAAAACGGGGUCACCAGCCACCGUCACGGCCUCCCUCCCCGCCAUUCUCACGCGCACCUUCAUCGCGUCGCUGUCGAGGCCGGAUCUGAUGUUGCCCCCUCUACGUCAUCAGAAUCCUGCCAAGGCUUUCUCUCAGCUUUGUUCUCAGCAGUGGGCUCUGCUGAUGGUUUUGUCCAAAAUAAGGCAUUUCAACGGAAAUCAUAUGGCAUGCGUGGAUUAAAUCUUGAACUUUGCUACUAAAUAUUUGUACUAAACAUGGUGUAACUCGCUUGUCAGUUUUGCCUCAUAAUCCUAGCUCUCAUUGGUUGAUUUUCAUGAUGUUGCGUAUAUUUUACUGAGGUUAUCCUCUAAAAAACGAUUUUUAUAUCUGUGGUCUUUUUAGUAAUGGGCACUAUAACUUAUAAAAAUGUUGUGUAUUUCUGGACUCGCAUGUAUAGUAUUUUGAUGGAAACAUGCAUGCUUCUGUGGUAUACUAUGAUGGACUAUCAUGCUUGAUGGCAAGAGCUAUGCUGUUACUUGACUACACAUUUAUCUUCUGAUGAUCUUGAACAGUGUGUUUCAAAAUAGAUUGACAUGGUAGCACACUAUCUCGCCCUUCUCACUAAUUCUAUGGGCAUAUGUUAUAUCUAUUUUAACGGUCAGUGCAAUUUACAGAUUGCAUUUCACGGCAUGGUGUUCUAUCCUUCACUUAUUUUUCAGGUUUAGCAACCUUUUUUUGCUGGUUGGUGUCAACAUGGCUGAAUAGGUUCUUGAGUUGCUGUACUAGCGUUUUAUUUCAACUGAGAUCUAUAAUUUUCUGAUUGCUAGCUAACAAAAGUAACUUGUAAAGUAUGGUACCAUGUCGUAUUAUAUAUGAAUGUAAUCUUGCCUUUUUUUUGGUUAUAAUUUACUGACAUUAUCAGUAAGUACUUAAAGUAUAUGGCAAAUAUGAGACAUGCUUGCGAAUCAUCUUUUGUUUUACUGAUUUACUAUGAAAGUAUUGGUCUCCAAUGUUGCGUGCGGACCAAUGAGCAGCUCAAUACCUUUUCAGUAGUGAAUGAGGAUAAAUAGGAUGAAGACAAUAAAAUACAUUUCAACGGAGAUGCGAUAGUGUUGUACAAGUGGAUUUAUUGCUUGGUUUUUAUAACCCCUUUCCAUUUUAUUAUUAUGCAUUAGCGCCUUGUAAUAGAAGAUAUCUCACAAUCAGAUUUGAAGUGAGUCUACAUAAGUCAAAAGAUGGUUGAACAUUGUUGUCCAAAACGUUAUGUUCGAUAUACUUCACCAGAAUUCAUCGUUUAUUUGUGGUGAUAUGCUCUUUUACCAGUUGUUUAUUCAUUUUAUAUUAUAUUUAUUUCCUGCUCAUAGUCCGUUUGAUGAGCAAUAUAUGGUCCCUUUGCCCACCGUUGAUCUAAUCUUGGGUACUUUAAAUGCAUGUUCGUCAUGGUUUACUUAAGCAUAUGCAAAUUGAGACGUGCGUUGCACGUACAAGCUUACUAGUCAAGUACAAUAAUCAAUCUUUCAUGCCAACAAACCCAGCAAGCUGCAUGUGCCCGCCCCAUGCACCAUCUCAUCCCCAUCGUCGUUCUCAUCUGUUUAGCGUACUGUAUAAAGGUGCUUAGCCUUUUAUCAUUAUUGUUGGUAACCUCCUUGCCCUUUUUCUAGCUCCUUUCCCUUCAAUUCUCCGACUUGGUUAGUUGGACUCUAUGUCACACUGAUUAUUGUACAUGUGUAAAUAUGCGUGUCAUCGUAUAUUCUCGCUCCGCGCCCUCUCUCCACGCCCUCGCCCUCUCUCCGCGCCGGUGGCUACUCCGGCCCCGGCGGCCACCUCUCCCCCGCCGUCUCCACUCCGGAGCCGGCGUCCAAGCAUGGCUGAGAGGGUCUCGCUGUCUGCGGCGUCUUCCGACAUGCCGCCGUCUCCCCCCCUUCCCCCCUCUCCGCGCCCUAGGCCGGUGCUGCGGUCGCUUCUGGUGGUUCCCGAUGUGGUGGGCACGGCGCAUGGGCCAAUCGUGCAGGGCGUGCCUUCUCGCCUCGCGGCGGCAUCGCGGGCAGAGUGGCAGACCCGUGGAGGCCGGGGUGGCCUGACGCCGCGCCUGCGGUCGCCGCCUCGCCAGAUCCGGCGGUCCCCUCCUGGCAGGUGGCCAGACGUCCUUCCCUCCUCCCGGCCGCCGCGUGGGCGCAUCCCGGCGAUGCUCAUCGGCUGCUGCUACAACUGCGGCGAUGAGAGGCACAUCUCGGCCAUGUGCACUAACCCGCCGGUGUGUGUGCGCUGCGGGGAGGUGGGCACAUCUCGAAGGGCUGCACUUUGCCGCGCCAUCGUCCUCGUCCGCGCAGUUCGUCUCCGGAGGACCGGCUAGGCCGCAGCCGGCGCUCCGGCCUCGGCUGCCGCCUUCCUCGCCGGUAGGGGCGCCGCCCGCGCCGGUUCCGCCGGCCCCGGUGGCGGCGGGGAUCCCGCGUCUGCCGCCUCCUCUGCCAGGUCCGCCCCCUCCGGGUGCGGUGCGUGUCGGGGCCUCGUGGAGCUAGGUGGUCCGGUCGGGGGCCGAGUCGGUGGCCAGUGUGGCUGGGCCGGGCUUCUCGGUGCCCUUUGCGCCGGCCGGUGCUGGCGUGCAGGGCGUGUCUUCGGGUGCUUCGCAUGCCUUGGUGGAUGAGCAGGUUGACUGCUGUUUCAUGGAGACUGGUCCGGAUCUUCGGGCCAUGGAGGAGGAGCUGGCUCGAGCGGUGGUGGUCUCGGUGGUCGGUUCGAGGCGGCUGGCGGAUCUUGCGGCGGUGGCGGCCGUCAUCGUGGAGGAGUUCGAGCUGGCGCCGUUGGACAUGUCAAUUAGGGCGUUCGAUCCUGAAGAUUUUCUGGUCCUCUGUCGCUCGGUGGAAAUCAGGAACAGGAUGGUCAGGAGGGGUAGGGCGGGCACGCCGCAGUUCGACCUCAUGCUCAGUCCGUGGUCUCGCAGGGCCGGGGCGACGGCGAUCACCAUGCCUGUCCUCGUGCCGCUGGCGCUGCGGGGUGUGUCGGCGAACGCCUGGACCAGGAGAACGACCGAUACUCUGUUCCAUGGCUUGGGCAUUGUGGUCAAGGUGGCGGCAACUACGGAGGCGCGGAAUGACAUGUCGGGGUUUCGAGUGUGGCUACGCACUGAUGACACGGCGAGGAUCCCAUCCCGGCGCAUCCUCGUCGUGGAAGAGCCGGACAAGAGGGGCGCUCGGGCUCUGGAGGUGGUCGACGCGCCGGAUGCGCUGUGGUACCCGAUCUCCAUCGUGCAGGAGGAUGGAGCCGUUCGGUUGGGGCCGCAGGUGGAUGCGCCGCCGCCGCCGCCUUCGCCGCCGUCGGAGGGGCGUGAUCGUGAUGGCCUGGGAUCUGGGGGGCUCAGGGAGGCCGUGGCCCUCCUGCGGCAGGGGUUCAGGCUCGUCGUUCGGCUCCGCACUGCGGCUCGUCGGCGGCAGCCUCGUCGGCGGGAUCGGCGCCAGUCCAGGGGCGUCAAAGAGAAGUUCAAAUUGGUCUCCUGGAUGGUCAUCAAAGGCAACUUGGCGGUGUGGGUCCGCGGGUGGAUGACUCGGCCUGCCCAAUCAUGGGGCCAGGUGAGGCAGAGGCGGUCUGCUCGGAGGGUUCAAUUGGUCCGUUGGAGGCCAGCGCUGUGGGAGUUCGGAUUGCUUGCUGGGAACCGAGUGUGGUGGAGAGUGUGAUGGGGCCCAACAGGGAUGCGGUUGGGCCUCGGGCGGAGUGUGGCUCGACGGUUCGGCAAAAGUGGCGGGCCCGGUCUGGAGAUGUCGCAGCAGGAUCGCCUGGCUAUCAUUGGCUCUCCGGGCGCUGAGGGUAGCGGCGGGCCCGGGGACAGUGCUUUGCAGCCUGUGGAGGAGCAGGAACC